AUGGCGGACCCAGACAUUUUCUCUCUGUAGCUGGACCUUGGUGUGUAUAACCGUCUCUGGACCGCUGUCCCAGUCUAGGUUCCACAGUGGUCCAGGCGACAGCUUUAGGACCUUAAGUGACAUUUCGAAAUGAAGGAAUUAAGCCAGUAACGGUGAGGUAGAGUGGUUGGAAUAACUGAAAUAACAGACAGAUUAAUGGCGCUGAAAGGCCGAAUUAGACUAGAGAUUUCAGUCAGAUAUAGCAGCCAUAAUGUCUAAUAUGGAAAACAUGAAGAAAAUAAUUAUGAGACUCGGGAUCUUGUGGAUGGUGGCGUUCGUUACAACGGAAGGAGAUCAACCAGCGCCUGCAGAUGAAUGUAAACCUGUAACCAUUUGGGUGAAGACCACCGAAUUUCGAAAUAUGGCCCAGGAAAAAAAUAGGCAGAGUAUGACUUACUACGAGGUCCCACAGACUGUUACCCAGAUUAUCCACUCGACUAAGAUGAUCCCGUAUUUCGUGACUCAGACGCAAAAUGUCCCAGAGUUCAGGACGCGUGUGGCAACUCUCCCUCAGUACAUCACCCACACCGUCUUCUCGACGUUCAUAAGAUCUAUAACCAAAACGGAAAAGCGCUACAACACCGUCACUGCUACGAAGACACAGCAGUUCUACGAAAUGGUUUGCCCUGAAGACUACUAAAAUGUUCUUAUGGUCACCAAGUUCUUUUUCAAGGGGAUAAGUCAUGGCCACUCAUAUUUCUCCUGUAUUAGAUAUAGCCCAAGGGCGAGUCCAUAGGACAAGCAGAGUCUUAUUGAUGAUCUGUUGAACCUGGCAUUUUCAAAUACCAAUGUUUAUUCGAAUGGUGCUGACCUUAGGCUUAUGAAAAGCGUAUAUUUGCUAAUAUAUUCAAAGACAAGCCAUUGCGAAACAGUAAUUAUGGCACUAAAGAAUUAUAAGCCUAAGAAAAUUCUUAAAACAGCU